CCUCCAUCUUCCUUCAACAACAGAUCCAAAGUCCAACUACACAGAGAAUUCCUGAUCUGUUGAGGAAGAAGUUAGAAUCACCAUUUCCCAUGGCGAGUGGAGUAGUCAUACAGAAGGAUACAAUAUGGAAAGCUCAUUCAGCUUUAGCAAUGGCACAGAUAUUUUCUGCAGGUUAUCAAAUCAUAUCAAGUGUUGCUCUCCAUGCUGGUAUCAACCAAAUUGUAUUCUGUGUUUAUCGCGAUCUUAUUGCUCUCUCAUUACUAGCGCCUGUUGCUUACUUUCGUGACAAAAGGACUCGUCUUCCUAUCAAUUCUAGUCUCCUCAUGUCGUUCUUCUUCCUUGGAUUAACUGGGGUAUUUGGGAAUCAGCUGUUGUUUUUAAUAGGGCUUGGUUAUACAAAUCCAGUUUAUGCUGCUUCUACUCAACCGGCAAUCCCUGUGUUCACUUUUGUUAUUGCAGCUUUCAUGGGCACGGAGAAAGUGAAUUUGCUGAAAACUGGAGGUCAACUCAAGGUGGGUGGCACAAUAGUAUGUGUUUCCGGGGCUAUACUAAUGGUUUUGUUCAAGGGUCCAGCUAUAUUCGGAAACAAUGUCAGUGAAUUGUUGAACGGAGCAGCAGUGACCAAUGAUUUCAUUACUGGGGCACAACCAGCACCUGUUGGGUGGUUGAUAUCUGGUUUGUUGGCUACUGGCCUUACCAAGUUUCACAUUGGGAUGCUCUGCUUGUUCGGGAACUGCUUUUGUUUGACUGCUUAUCUAUCCUUACAGGCUCCGCUGUUAUUGAAGUAUCCUGACAGUCUAUCAGUGACUGCAUACUCAUACUUUUUUGGUGCAAUGUUAAUGGUUAUUGCUGGAAUAUUUGCAACUGAUGGAAAUACUGUCUGGACUUUGACGCGGUCUGAGUUAGUUGCAGUAUUAUAUGGUGGAAUUGUUGCAUCUGCUAUAAAUUAUGGAGCCAUAACAUGGUCCAACAAGAUUUUGGGGCCAGCGCUAGUUGCUCUCUAUAUGCCACUUCAACCUUUUGCAGCUGCUUUUCUGUCAAAGAUUUUCUUGGGGAACUCCAUUUAUCUUGGAAGCAUCAUAGGAGGAUCUCUAAUCAUUGCUGGACUGUAUAUGGUAACGUGGGCAUCUUACAGAGAGAGACAAGAAGCAAUUGGUUUAAUUAGUCAUGCCAAUCCGGACUCGGAACCUCUUCUCCACAGAGAUGCAUUUGCAGGACCCUCUAGCACACCACCAAAAUCCUUGGACUGAGAAAUAAGAAGCACUUAUACAUUAUUCUAGUUGUUUGCUUUCAUUUCAUGUUUCGCACGUCCGAAAGCUAUUGUAAUAUUGGCUUCUGAUUAAAGCAUAAGCAUCCCAAGUUUCUCUUUGAUUCUUCGCCUCAUUGUAAAUCAGCUGUAGACUGAGCAGAAGAUUCUUUAAUUAAAACUGUU